UUUAUUUUUUUCACGCAACAACUUCUAAGAUAUGCUGACGAUUUCCCACUUUAAAAAAAAAAAAAAUUAAAACAGUGUUGAGUCAAAGAUGAUUUUUAAAAUAUGCGUACACAUAUUAAAUACAUAUUACUAUAUUCAACAGUCAACACGUUGAAUUUGACCUCUCCGCCUUCUAAAUCCCGCUCCUCUGUUUUCCGUCCCUGCGACUCUUGAGUUUGUGGAAUCGAAUUGAAGAUGGCGAGGAAAGACUUGUUCAUCGGCGUGCCAAGCUUCUUCCGGUGCCCUAUAUCGCUGGACGUGAUGAAAUCGCCGGUGAGCCUUUCCACCGGCGUCACCUACGAUCGCUCCAGCAUCCAGACCUGGCUCGACGCCGGCCACAACACCUGUCCCGCCACCAUGCAGCCCCUCCCCUCCACCGAAUUCGUCCCCAACCACACCUUGCACCGCCUCAUCAACCUCUGGUCCCAAUCCUUCUCUCCUCGGCUCCAUUCCGCCUCUGCGGCUUCCUCCAGCCUUUCCCCCGAGCAAAUUUCGGUUCUGAUCGGUCGCCUGGAGACGGACGAAAACGGCACCUGCCUCGAUUCUCUCUCGAAGAUCGUAACGUUCGCGAAAGCAUCCGACGAGAAUCGGAGGCGGCUAGCGAAGACUGACAAUUUCGUUGUAGCGAUGGUCCAUAUUCUGGACAAUGCUAGUGACGAUGUUCAAGUUUUGGAAUCGAUUGUGAAGGUCUUGGAUUCGACUGUUUCUGAACGUGGAGUAAAAGAACAACUGCACAGCUUAAUCUUCAAAACCAAUAAUAACGAAGUUCGCUUGUCCUCAAUCACCUUGCUACUGCGCAAAGGCAGCUCCGAAUCGAAGAUCGAAACCGUGAGGGUUUUGGAGGCGAUCGCCUCAGAUGCCGAAUCGAAGCGCGUGAUCACGGAACAGGAAGGCUUACUCUACGAACUAUUCCAUCUAUUGAGUUCCGGAUCCGAUCCGAGUUCGACGGAGGCCGCAUUAUCCUUUCUGAUUGCUGUAUCAACGUCAAGACCGGUCAAAACAGAGCUCGUCCGGCUCGGAAUCGUACAAACUGUAGCGAAAAUCCUCUCCGAUUCGAAGACGAACGCUCAAAUAGCCGAAAAAGCUCUGAAACUCAUGGAGAUGGUGGCGAAGUGCGAGGAAGGCCGGAAGAUGAUAUGCGGAGAUCCGAUAUGCGUCGCGGCGGUGGUGCAGAGGAUAAUGAGGGGAUCGAGCGGGGGGACGGAGCACGCGAUUGCGGUGGUCUGGAGCGUAUGUUAUCUUUUCCGGGAUCGGACGGCUCAGGGGGCCGUGAUUAAGAACAACGGGUUGACCAAGAUUCUGAUAUUGAUGCAGAGCAAUUGUUCGCCAAUGGUUCGUCAGAUGUGCAACGAUUUGGUGAAGAUUUUCAAAGGCAACUCAAAGUUGAUUUUCGCGCGUUAUGACACAAGGACCACUCAUAUUGUGCCUUGUUGACAGCCAAUCACUGAUUUUUAUUUUUAUUUUUGACACAAUCAUAGGAGAACAAUGUAAAUCAAAGAGGAAAUUAGAUUUGAUGGGUAGUUAUAAUAAAAGAAUAACAUAAUUCAUGCUU